CGGGCCCCGCCCCCUGGAGACAGGUCGCGGUGGAGCGGAGACCGUCCGGGUUAGCGGGCUGGUUCGGGCCGGCGGGGCCGCGGUGUGGGUCCCCGGGCGCUCCGCCAUGAAGCUGACUCGGAAGAUGGUCCUGUCCCGCGCCAAGGCCUCGGAGCUGCACAGCGUGCGGAAGCUCAACUGCUGGGGCAGCCGCCUCACAGACGUCUCCAUCUGCCGGGAGAUGCCCAGCCUGGAAGUGAUUACACUCAGCGUCAACAGCGUCUCCACCCUGGAGCCCGUGAGCCAGUGCCGGCAGCUGAGCGAGCUCUACCUGCGGAAGAACCGCAUCCCCAGCCUGGCCGAGCUCUUCUACCUGAAGGGCCUGCCGCGCCUGCGCGUGCUCUGGCUGGCGGAGAACCCGUGCUGCGGCCCCGACCCGCACCUCUACCGCAUGACCGUCCUGCGCAACCUGCCGCACCUGCAGAAGCUGGACAACCAGCCCGUGACCGAGGAGGAGCUGUCCCGUGCGCUGCUGGAGGGAGAGGAGGUCUCGGCCCCUGGCAUUGAGGGCGCAGGGAACGGUGGGUCUGAGCUGUCCUGCGCCCUGAGUGCCAUGGACACCAGCGCUGAGACCCGGCAGAACACAUUGAGCUGUGGUGAGGAGGAGACGAGCGUCCAGAGCCAGCUGGGCCUGAAGCCGCCUUCCCGGGAGCGGUUUCCUUCCUUCUCGCAGAGGGACGCCGUGAGUGGUCACAAGAACAGGAACAACGUGCUGAGCGCCGUCCUGCUGCUGCUGCGGGAGCUGGACGCCGAGGGGCUGGAGGCCGUGCGGCAGACCGUGGUCGGCCGGCUCCAGGCCCUGCACAAGCUGGAGCUGCAGGAGGACAUGGAGUGACGGUCAGUCGGGAGCCCGAGCUGCCAAGCCUUCCUCCCACGACCCUGUGCCCAAGCGCCUGGGAGAUGUGGAGUCCCUGCCACAGCCACGGCCUCCACGGGACCCCGGCGGAGUCCCAGCAUGCGGGCCAUGUCUCAGGAAGCCCUGGCCCGCCUGGGGGAGCCAAGCCCUCGGUGUGGAUGGCACCCCAGCGAGAGCAGGCAGGGCAUUGGGCACUGUGCUGGGUGCCCUCCCUGCGCGGGGCCCAGGGCACACCGGCCUGCACGGGGGGGCCCCCCCGGACUUGUCUCUUCCUGAGGUGGGCAGGGCCCCCACUGUCCCUAAUAAAUAUCUUACCAAAGUCCAA